AUGAAUCCUUCAGUUCCACCUUCAGCGGCUGAAUAUGGUGGAGAUGAGGUUUCGGCUAUUGUCCUGGAUCCCGGAUUCUCAACCACACGCGCGGGUUUCGCGGGCGAAGAUACCCCGAAAUCGCUAAUCCCAACAUACUACGGAAAGUACUCCUUCGAGGGACAAGAAAAGCUCAUCUUCGGUGAUGAUGUCUUCGUCACUCCGCGCCCCGGCUUGUCGAUCUGUAACCCCAUAGGCAGGGAUGGUGUUGUUGAGGAUUGGGACAUGGCAGAAAAGUUGUGGGAGUACUCGUUCACAUCGCGACUUACAGGUGCAAAACCUGGCAAUCCUUUAUACAAUGGCCUGAAUGAUGUACCCGAGAGCGAACUGCCGGCCGAGAUGGAGGGUGUAGAAACCGACGAGAAGCCUCUCGGCGAUAGCCCUCUACUGAUGUCCGAGUGCAGCUGGAAUCCCACGAAAGCUCGUGAAAAGACAAUCGAAAUCGCAAUGGAAAAAUGGGGGACCCCAGCUUUCUACCUUGCUAGAAAUGGUGUCCUUGCCGCGUUUGCUGCUGGCAAAGCUUCUGCUCUUGUCGUCGAUAUCGGCGCCUCUAGUAUAUCUGUUACCCCGGUUCAUGACGGCUUGGUCCUCAAGCGCGGUGUCCAACACUCACCCUUGGGCGGAGAUUACAUCUCCUCGCAGAUUCGCGCCCUAUUUAAGUCAAAUUCACCACAGCCUAUCACCAUCACUCCUCAUUAUUUAAUCUCCUCAAAAACUGCUGUUGAAGCUGGCCAACCUCCCCAAGCCAAAUACAAAUCAUUUUCGCCAGAAAAUGCUCCCGAUGCUUCUUAUCGUAACCUCCUCGAAGAGCGAACGCUUUCUGAGUUCAAGGAAUGUGUUGUACAAGUGUGGCCCGGCCCAACAAGGCUCUCCACGACCAAUCCUAACGGUGUUGCCAAUGAGGAAAUAGCCAGAAGCUCUCCAGGGCGGCCGUUCGAGUUUCCUGAUGGCUAUAACCAAGUGUUCGGCGUCGACCGGUACAGGGUGGUUGAAUCGUUAUUCGACGCCAAAGCCGCGAUCCCCGACACUGAUCCUUUUUUCCCCCCGCCAACACAAGCUCAAACGGUUCCGGAGCUCAUCAAGGCUGCUUUGAAUGGUGUUGACGUCGACAUCCGUCCGCAUCUCUUGGCCAACGUCGUCGUAACAGGAGCUUCAAGCUUGCUUUAUGGCUUCACGGACCGCCUCAACCAAGAACUCAUGCAACUCUAUCCGGGACCCCGGGUCCGAAUCUCUGCGCCUGGGAAUACCUCCGAGCGCAGGUUCGGUUCCUGGAUUGGUGGAAGCAUCCUGGCGAGUUUGGGUACAUUCCAUCAGAUGUGGAUCUCGAAGAAGGAGUUUGAUGAGCACGGUCCCAACAUCGUCGAGAAGCGAUGCAAAUACUCAAAUCUCAAGCGAGGUGGUGAUCACCUGGCAGACCCAGCAGUUGACUCGAAAAAGCCAAAGGCCAACGGCAGCAUCACCUCUUUCUUUGGUGCCCCUAAGUCAAAGGCACCGGGCCUGGGGCCAGUGAAGUCACCAGCGGGUGCCGUGGCCUCGCCCGUUUUCAAUAAGCAGAAAUGGGUAGCUACGUUAAGUGACGAGCAAAAAGAGCUUCUGGAUUUGGAGAUCAACACCAUGCAUGAGAGUUGGUUGGCGCACCUCAAAGAUGAGAUAGUUAAGCCUGAGUUCCUGGCGCUGAAACGCUUUCUGCAGAAGGAGAAGCAAUCUGGAACGAAGAUCUUUCCACCUGAAGACGAUAUUUAUUCCUGGUCCCGCUAUACGCCUUUACACAAAGUCAAAGUGGUCAUCAUCGGCCAAGACCCAUAUCACAACCACAACCAAGCACACGGUCUCGCAUUUUCAACUCGUCCUCCAACACCGGCGCCCCCGUCUCUUGCCAACAUUUAUCUUGGAAUUAAAAACGAUUAUCCAUCAUUCCAAGUGCCCCCGAACAAAGGCGGACUCCUUACACCAUGGGCAGAACGUGGAGUGUUGCUUCUUAACACCUGCCUAACUGUUCGAGCACAUCAGGCUGCGAGUCACUCAAACAAGGGUUGGGAGCGAUUGACACAGAAGGCUAUUGAUGUUGUUGCCCGUGCUCGGACCCGCGGGGUAGUAUUUCUUGCAUGGGGUACUCCCGCAGGAAAGCGUAUUACUAGCAUCAACCGCGAUAGACAUUGUAUUUUGCAGUCCGUCCACCCGAGCCCUCUAAGUGCCCAUAGAGGUUUUUUAAAAAACCAACAUUUCAAAAAAUGCAACGAAUGGCUCUCUGAGCGAUACGGUCCCGAGGAAAUCAUCGACUGGAGCUUGGUCCCAAAAAAAGAGACUUCCACGGCUCCUCUUGCAGUCGUUCAAAGUUCCUCUGCUGUAGUCAAUCACCCCGCCCGGGUUGAAAAAGUGACAAAGCCGACAACGGCGACGAUUGAUACCGGGAAAUUGAGCAAGCCCGCACAUGAAGACAAUGAGUUUGGAGAAGAUCUUGACGCUCUUGAGGCGCUAGCAGCUGCUGAGGAGUUAUCUAAGCCCUGA